AUGUCUACCCCGCAGAGAAAAGACGCCGGACUCCGCAUCGAGCCUGUAGAUCGACCGGAAGAUAUCGAGCAGGCUUUCCACUGCAUCAGCGAGGCCUUCGGCCGUCAGGCCCAAGACGGUGUCUGGACCGCAAUGAAUCCUGGAUGGGAUACGCCUGCAGGAAAGGCGAGCGGAGCUGCGCGGAUGAUCGCCCGCUGGCGCGAGAUUACCACCGACAAGAAUGGAAACCCCAACACCAUCUUUCUGAAGGCAACAGUACCCAGUGAGGACUCGGUUGGAGAACGCACCGUUGCUGGACUCGCUAUCUGGGCACAGGCCUCCUGUGUUGAGGGCCAUGGCGAUCCACCAAGUGAGGAUGUGGCUAAAGCUAUGAAUCUCGAGGCAUUGUAUCCUGGAAACGAAGUCGAGCAACGCUAUCUCGCUCAAGUCAUGACUUCCUUUCUGCAUAAGCGCAGUGAAGCCAUUAAGGAAAAGGCUUCUGCCAUGCCACCGGCUGUGCUGGUGUUGGACCUUUGUGCUGUAGACCCGGCUCAUCAACGGAAGGGCAUUGCGAGGGCGCUAGUGCAGUGGGGUCUGGAUGAAGCAAAGCGACGCGGUGAUUUGGAAUUGAUCCUCGAGGCGUCUAGUAUGGGGAGGCAUGUGUAUGCGCAAAUGGGCUUUGAGGCGCAAGGGUCGGACAUCGAAUAUCUUGUUGAUAAGGAGUUUGCUUCUCGAAGCAGACCGGCCAACCUCUUCAUGCGCAGACGAAAUGGGAAUUCUUAG